GAUGUGGCGCUCGUAGUUUCGGCUCGUACUCGACUUUUCAUGCAUUUAUAUUUUAAUUUAGCUGCGCGUCUUUUAUAUAAAAAGUGCUGCUGAGAUCAAGCAUAUAACGACAAUGGAAAGAACCGCGGAUUUGGAAAAAAUCAAGUCGGAAGUGGUGAAGAAGCCGGCUCACGAUGAUAAAAUUCACGACAAAGAUGGCAGAAGCAAGAGCUCGAAAAAACAAAAGAAAAAGGCUCAGGCUGGCACUGUGGCCAAAGCAGAAAGCAAUGACGUAGAUGCCAAUACAGAUCCGACGACCGAUGGAACCUCGUUGCCUGUAUCGCCACAAGUGCCUAGCACUUAUACCAAUAUUUCUAUCAAAGACAUACAAAUGGCUAUGGACAUCUUGAACUUGCAACAUAAACCUGCAAAAACUCAAGAGGAAGCAAUGCAGAAGCCUUACCAAUUUUGGAGUACUCAACCAGUACCUAAAAUGGAUGAAAAAAUUACGUGCAACGAACCAAUAGAGCCAGACAAGGAGUCUGUCAGAGUUGAACCUUAUUCCCUCCCAUCUGAUUUCCAUUGGGAUACAUUGAAUCUAGAUGAUCCAUUAGUUCUUGCAGAAUUGUAUGCACUGCUUUCAGAAAAUUAUGUUGAAGAUGAUGAUGCUAUGUUUAGGUUUGAUUAUCCACCUGCCUUUUUGAAAUGGGCUCUGCAACCUCCAGGAUGGUGCAAUGAAUGGCACUGUGGUGUACGAGUAACUAAAAGCAGCCGUUUGGUGGGCUUCAUAUCUGCCAUACCAGCGACAGUGCGAAUUUAUGACAAAGUCCAAAAAAUGGUAGAAAUUAACUUUUUAUGUGUUCAUAAAAAACUGCGAUCAAAACGCGUUGCUCCUGUUUUGAUUCGUGAAAUCACGAGAAGAGUCAAUUUAACGGGAAUAUUUCAGGCGGUAUAUACUGCCGGUAUCGUGCUUCCCAAACCUAUUUCUACAUGUAGAUAUUGGCAUCGUUCGUUGAACCCGAAAAAACUGAUUGAAAUAAAGUUUUCGCAUUUGUCGAGAAACAUGACGAUGCAAAGAACUUUGAAAUUGUACAGAUUACCAGAAAGCACAAAGGUUCCAGGAUAUAGAAAGUUGAUGGCUGAGGAUAUACCGCAGUGUCAUAAACUCAUGAACGAGUAUCUCAGCAAAUUUGAUCUGGCGCCUAUAUUCACGGAAGAAGAGUUUAGACAUUGGUUUUUUCCUCAAAGUGGCAUAGUUGAUAGCUUUGUUGUAGAUAAUCCCGAGUUGAAGAAGAUAACGGACAUGGUUAGCUACUACACGCUACCUAGUUCUGUAAUGCAUCAUCAAACACACAAAACCCUUCGAGCGGCUUACAGCUUCUAUAAUGUAUCAACCGUAACGUCUUGGCAAGAUCUCAUGACGGAUGCUCUUAUAUCGGCAAAAAACUUGGGAUUCGACGUGUUCAACGCGCUCGAUUUGAUGGAUAACAAGGAAUUUUUGGAGCAAUUGAAAUUUGGCAUUGGUGAUGGUAAUCUUCAGUAUUACCUGUAUAAUUGGCGAUGUCCCAGCAUGUCGCCAAAUAAGAUUGGUCUUGUUUUGCAAUAAAUUUGCAACAAGAUUUAAGGGAAAGGGACGGAGAGGAAACAAAAGACAUUAUCUACGAAAUGCACCAUUCAUACGACACGAUAAAGUUCGAGGAAGAAGAUGUGGAUAUACAAAAGUAGGCUUUAUCCAGAAUGCUAUUGAAUCGAUUAUGAUCAUUGAAUUGAGCUUGGGAAGCGAGGACUCUAUGAAAGACGCGUUGAUAUUAUUAGCUGUUAUUGUUGGUACUUUUCUGCUACUGCAUGACUGUAAGCGACGAAUUCCUGCUUAACAAAAUGGCGUAUCACUGGUGUAGAUACAAAAUGUAGGUAUAAUUAGCGUGAAGAAGAGUAAACGAAGCAAAAGUCAUUGCAGAAUGGUGGACGAGGCGAUGAAUGUCGAAGCACUCAAAAAUUGAUCAAAAAAUAUUGUCUCAUUGUUUGGUCGUUGCGUUUUGCAAGAUGAAUUUUUAUUGAAUAGAUGAAUUGUGCUAAUAGGAGAUAAUACGACAUUUAAAAGGAGAGCAAGCGCACGUAUGGUUGGAAACCUUGGCGCAAUCGCUAUACUGAAUUGUCAAUAAUAAAGCACCAG